AUGAAAAUUACCCGAGCUCGCGAGAGUAGCGCCGACGUAGCGGGUUUUUUCUCCGACCCCGGUAUUCUCUCCAAAGAUUCGAAUUUUUUUGGAUUGAAGGAGAAAGGAUACAAUUGUAUGGAAGAAAGUAUCUCCGUGAAUCGUUACGCUCCAUGUGACGCAAGAAUUGAAAAAAUACGUCUUGAAUCUUCUGAAGUAGUAAUUCUGCUGCUUCUCUCACGCUCGCUGGACACAAUCACACCAGAGAUGGCACUAAGUUGGUCUUUUAAAACGCUCGCGUACUUCGCAGUCGUUUUUGCAAUAAGCGAUUUGCACGGAACACGGUACACAUCUCGGUUAAACAGUGUCAGAGCUACCGAUGGCAAGGACACGGAUCGUCCAGAAAUAAGGAUACCUCAAGGGGUUCUUCGAGGUAUAAACCUGAUCACACAACGCAACAGAAGUAUCUUCGGCUUUGAGAGCGUCCCUUUUGCCAAACCACCACUUGGAGAACUCAGAUUCAAAGGCCCGUUAGCACCAGAACCUUGGAAUGGGACAUUCGACGCGAGCAGAAAAGCCCCUUAUUGUGCACAGAUCUACGAAACAGGCGACUUCGUAGGAGACGAAGACUGCUUGGUUCUGAAUGUGUAUACACCUCGACUACCCCAGGGGGGAAACUUCACUCUGCUACCGGUAAUGGUGCACAUGUAUGGUGGUGCAUUUCAAUUUGGCCGUAUCGAUUCCGAAUUAUUCGGUCCGGAUUAUCUUUUGGACAAGGAUGUACUCUUGGUAUUGCCCAACUAUCGCGGGGGGGUGUUAGGAUUUCUCAGCACCGGUGACGAGGUGUCGCCAGGGAAUUAUGGCUUGAAGGACAUGGUCCGGGCUUUGGAGUGGACACGUGAUAACAUCCAGUAUUUUGGCGGUGAUCCAAAUCGAGUGACUCUGUUUGGAAGCAGCGCAGCCGCCACGAGCAUUCACUAUUUGACAUUGUCAAAUUCAACAAAUGGACUAUUCCACAAAUACAUAACCCAAAGCGGAUCAGCACUGAGUCUGACAAUGGAUGCCCCGACCAUCUGCAAAAAUCGUGCAUUUCAGCUCGGAAAGCACCUGGGCUGUCCGACUAACUCAUCCACUAUCCUCAUCGACUGCUUGAGAGGUCUGACCGUGUCACAGCUUGUAAAUACGACAGUGCCGUUCCAAAAGUGGAAGUUUGUAAAACAUUAUAUUUGGGUCCCAACCGUUGAACCGGAUGUAGAAGGGGCUAUUCUGACCCAAAAUCCUCAGGAUCUGAUUAAGGCUGGUAAAAGCCGAGAUCUACCAUGGUUGUGUGGGGUCACCCGAGACGAGGGGUUAUUUCAAACAGGCGGUAAGUCACACGAGUGA